CUGCCUCUGCUGUCGUUCCUGGCGCUACCAUGGUUCGGUGGGCCGUCGACGGCCGUCAGUGUGUUGAUCUUCUAUUUGACCUGGAGUGGGCUCGUUGCCAGUCACGAUCCAUUGACGUUGGAAAUAGGUGGCACGCUGCUGGUCCGGUUGCUCUGCUACGUCUUGCCCGCUCUUGCCUUCUUAGCCUUCGACUGCUUUACGCCGGGCGUGAGCCGCAAGAUCAAGGCACGUGGCAGACGACAACUACCUCUUCGGCAAGUUGGUCCCAAUGGGCUUGCCAAAGUCGUCACGGUUUCUGUGGGUAACGUACUGUUGUCAGUGACCCUUCAAGGUGCCCUAGAGCUGUUAACAACCCAUUCUCUGCAUUUGCGCAGUCUCCUCAGAGUGACAGCUCUUGUACCGUUGCCGUGGUCGCUGUUGAAGGAUGUCGCAACAGGAUUGAUCAUUCGAGGCUUCCUUCGGUAUGGCAUCCAUCGGUACUUCCUGCAUACCCUCGACACACCGCUCAAGUCAUGGCAUUCACAAUGGCAACACAGCGUUGAGCUGCCAUUCAGUCUUGUCGCUUCAUACGAUCAUCCCGUCAACUACCUCGUAUCCGAAUGGAUGCCGGCUUUUCUGCCAGCUUAUUUAUUCCGCUUCCACAUCCUGGCCUGGCAUGCUCUCCUGGCGAUCGCUAGCAUCGAAGAGCUCUUCGUGUACUCUGGGUACGUAAUCUUGCCCUCUGCAAUAUUGCUUCCAGGCAUGGCUCGUCGCAACGAAGCACACUUCGAGUCCGCACGUUCAAACAAAUUGGUUGGCAACUUCGGGCAUCUUGGCUUGAUAGACUUCAUGUUCGGCACAGCGUGCGAGGAUGAGAAUGACGUGGUUGAUGAUCUCCAAGACGAAGCAGAGAGGCAUCGCUUGCAACAGCGGGCUGGAGCCGCAUCAGUGGGU